AUGCCGACUUCGUCCAUAGCCUCGGCCUCGCCCAGCGGCGCCUCGACGCCAUCUCCGCCAGCCUCUCAACACCUCCCCAGCCAUCGCCUCCCUCGCCACCGCCUCCCCCACCUCCGCACGCUCUGCGCAGCGCCAGCCUUUCCUCUACGCCUCCGCCUGCUCCGCGCAGCGCCGACCCGGCGCGGGCCUCUUCCUCGACUGCCAGAGCCAGCGCCAAGGGCAAGAAGCGUGCGCGCCACCGUCACCACGGAGGCCGACCACCGUAGCGCCGGCCCAGGUCCUCCUCUACCAACGCGCGCUCCUCCUCCGCCCGGCGCACGGCCACGCGUGCUCCUCCUCCGCCCGGCGCGGCCACACACGCUCCUCCUCAGCCCCGGCCACGCCCACGCCGUCCCGGCCGCGCCUGCGCCGCUCCGCCCGCCCGCUGUGCGCUCCUACUCCGCCUGGCACGGCCACGCGCGCUCCUCCUCCGCCCUGGCCACGCGGACGCCAUCCCGUCCACUCCCUGGCCUCGCCGUCUCCCGUCCGGACGAGCUCCUGCGGCGUCAGCGACGAGCUGCCGCGGCUCCGGACGCGCGCGCGCGAGCAGGCAGGUAG